UAAACAAACAUGAAGUUCCACUAAACAACACCCAACAAGGAAUAUUUCAGCUAUAAUCUUUGAUCUCAAGAUCAUUAGAUCUAGUCAAAAGUUUUCUUCCUUGCAAAGAAAUUUGAAGGGUUACCUAACAAUGGUGAAGAAAGCUGUGUUGAUCGGGAUCAACUACCCAGGAACAAAGAUAGAGCUAAAAGGCUGCGUCAACGACGUUCACCGGAUGCACAAGUGCCUCGUUGACCGGUACGGAUUCGCCGAGGAAGACAUAAAGGUGCUGAUCGACACCGACGACUCUUACACGCAGCCCACAGGCAAAAACAUCCGUAACGCCUUGUCCGAACUCAUAAAGAGAGCAAAGUCCGGUGAUGUUCUGUUCGUGCAUUACAGUGGACACGGUACGAGGGUCCCACUGGAAGAAGGGGAAGAGGAUGACACUGGCUUUGACGAGUGUAUUGUUCCUUGCGACAUGAAUCCAAUCCCUGAUGAUGAUUUCAGGGAACUAGUGGACCAGGUUCCAGAAGGGUGUAAGAUUACGUUCGUAUCAGAUUCUUGCCACAGUGGCGGGCUCAUCGAUGGAGCCAAGGAACAUAUCGGAGAGAGCACAAACAAGAACCGAAACCAAGAACCAAAAGUUCAGUUUUUCGAGCUCGAGAUAUGGAACUUCUUUUAUAGCGUGUUGAUGAGGUUGUUAGUGUUUUGUGGGAUAUGUAGUUCUCAUGAAGAGCCUGACAAGAUUGAGAUUACAGCGAGAUAUGAAGUUGGCAAAUCAAGGUACCUGCCGAUGGAGAGCUUCAUCAACAUUCUCAAAGAGAAAACUGGCAAAGACAAAAUCGAGGUUGGGAAAAUCAGACCGACCCUUUUCGAUGUGUUCGGCGAAGACGCGAGUCCCAAGGUGAAGAAGUUCAUAAAAGUGAUGCUCACAAAGCUAGAUCAAAGUGGUUUAGUUGUUCAUGAGAUCUAUAGAGGAGGAUCAAGCAAUGGAUUGGUUCCAGACAGAGGGAUACUGUUGAGCGGGUGUCAAACGGAUGAAACAUCAGCAGAUGUGAAGAAGGGUGGAGAAGCGUAUGGAGCUUUUAGUAACGCGAUCCAGAUGGUUUUGUCGGAAGGUGGGGAGAAAGAUAAGAUCACCAACAAGGAACUGGUUUUGAGAGCAAGAGAGAUGUUGAAAGAACAGGGUUUUGCUCAGAGACCAGGGUUGUAUUGUAAUGACCGUUUUGUGGAUGCUCCGUUUAUAUGCUAACUAUGAGCAGAGAGACUAUUGUUUUCAUUCAAAAACUAUUUUGCUCCUAAUGGUAACGGUUGUGAAGUUUUUUUCUGUUCAAUAUGGUGUGAACACAAAGAAUAAUAUAUUUGGUCACAGAGUCAUUUUUCUUA